UUUCACAUUUCAAUCCUAUCCAAACGCAGGCUUUUCACACUUUGUACCAAACUGAUCAUAAUGUUCUGCUGGGCGCUCCAACUGGGAGUGGAAAAACAAUAUCCUCAGAGCUUGCCAUGCUUCGCCUUUUUAACACACAACCAGAUAUGAAGGUCAUAUACAUUGCUCCUUUAAAGGCUCUUGUACGGGAAAGAGUUGACGACUGGAAGAAAAGUCUGGUACCCACGCUUGGAAAGAAGCUGGUGGAAUUAACGGGCGAUUUUACUCCGGAUUUACUUGCGUUGCUUGAAGCAGAUAUCAUCAUUUCAACUCCUGAAAAAUGGGACGGUAUUAGUCGUAGUUGGCACAACAGAAGCUACGUUACAAAGGUCGGCCUGAUGAUCAUUGACGAAAUACAUUUGCUAGGCGCAGACAGAGGUCCGAUCCUUGAGGUUAUAGUAUCCCGGAUGCGCUAUAUUUCUUCUCAAACCGCUCGUCAUGUUCGAUUUGUUGGCCUGUCAACGGCCCUUGCGAAUGCAAAGGAUUUGGGAGACUGGCUGGGCAUUGAAAAUGUUGGACUGUAUAAUUUCAAGCCAAGCGUUCGCCCAGUACCACUAGAAGUUCAUAUACAGGGAUAUCCUGGGAAGUUUUACUGCCCUCGAAUGAAUAGCAUGAACAAACCAACUUACGCUGCUAUCAGAACACACUCGCCUUUGAAGCCGGUUUUGAUAUUUGUCUCUUCUCGUCGUCAAACUCGACUUACUGCCUUCGAUCUCAUUCAGUUCGCAGCCCAAGACGAACAGCCACGCCAGUUUUUGCAAAUGAAUGAAGAGGACAACAGCAUGAUUCUGUACAAGGUUGUGGAUAGUAGUCUAAAGCACACAUUGCAGUUUGGGAUCGGGUUGCACCAUGCUGGUCUCUGUGACAGUGACAGAACUCUAGUUGAGGAGCUCUUUUACAACAACAAAAUUCAGGUUUUAGUUUGCACGAGCACUUUAGCUUGGGGAAUCAAUCUCCCAGCACAUCUAGUUGUAAUCAAGGGGACCGAGUAUUUUGAUGGAAAGUCUAAACGCUACAUUGAUUAUCCUAUCACGGAUGUAUUGCAAAUGAUGGGCCGGGCAGGACGGCCCCAGUUCGAUCAACACGGAAAGGCUGUAAUAUUGGUUCAUGAACCGAAGAAAAGCUUCUACAAGAAGUUUUUAUAUGAACCUUUUCCAGUUGAAAGCAGCUUGGUUCACCACCUUCAUAAUCACUUGAACGCAGAGAUAGCUGCUGGAACAAUUGCAACAAAGCAAGAUGCUCUUUACUAUUUGACAUGGACGUAUCUGUACCGGCGGCUGGUUAUGAAUCCAAGCUACUACGGUUUGGAAGACACAGCAGCUGAGUCCGUCAAUCAUUUCUUGUCAAGUCUUGUAAAUGGCACACUUGAAGCACUAGAUGACGCUGGGUGCAUCAAAGUGAGCGAAGACAACGUAGAGAUACAGAUGCCGGGACUCAUUGCUUCAAAAUACUAUCUUCACUACACAACAGUAGCACUUUUCAGCUCAAACGUACACUCUGAGAGUUCAUUGGAGGAGCUAUUACAGCUGCUUUCAUCUGCUGCGGAGUAUGACGAGCUUCCUGUCCGGCAUAACGAGGAAAACCUGAAUGCGAUUCUUGCGCAGCAAGCACGAAUGCGUGUGGACAAUAAGCUGCUAGAUGACCCUCAUGUGAAGGCCAACUUGCUGUUUCAGGCUCAUUUCUCACGACUGGAGCUGCCAAUUUCUGACUACGUGACAGACACGAAGUCAGUGCUGGACCAAAGCAUACGUAUACUUCAAGCGAUGGUGGAUGCUGCGGCCAAUGGAGGAUGGCUGAGAACGACCAUUCGGGCUAUGCAACUCUUGCAGAUGAUUAUGCAGGGAACAUGGUCUGAUCAUUCGCCUUUGCUCAUGCUGCCAAACACAACCACGGAGCUCUUGCCUUCGCUGCCAUUCGCUACGUUGGACGAGUUCCUGUCCUUGCCGUCACAACGCUUGCGCAAGCUGUUCGAGCGCUUUAUGUCUCAGUCCCAAGUUCACGAAGUCAUACAGGCAUGGAAUUUUCUUCCACGAAUCGAUCUUACGUGGAGGAUGCGAGAUCAAAGGCUGAGUGAGGGGGACAAGUUCACGUCGUUCGCAAUAGACAUCGAAGUCAAGUCCAACAACACAAGGAGAAGCAGCACUCGAGCUUUCCUGCCUCGAUACUCGAAAUCCAAGGAAGAGGGAUGGUGGAUCGUUGUAGGAAGCACAAGUACUUGGGAGCUCUUCGCCAUGAGGCGCGUGAGCAUCAAAGACAAGCGUCUCAGCACAAGCGUUGCAGUGCCAAGAGUUCCUGCGGGAACACAGGAGAUAGCGCUGUUCCUCGUCUCAGAUUGCUACGUUGGCCUCGAUCAAACUCAUACCAUCCCGGUUUAGUCCAAUCUCUCUUUCGUGCUUUCAUUCCACACGAACCAAGUGCUAGAAAUCAGCGCAAAUGGCGAUCCCUGCGCGGACGAGUUUGGCGUUCUGACCCGAUCCGAUGCAACUGGGAUCGAUCGAUCGAACGACGAUCGACGAGAAGAUGGUCUCAAUAGUAUAACACCAAGCUCUUCAA